CUUUAAAAUCCCCACAAACACUCUCUUUUCUCAUCCCAUUUCAAAAGAGAAGAAAAGGAAAAGAAAAGAAAAGAAAAAUCCCAGAUGGGUCUACCUGGCGAUCUGAGCAACGUGUCUUCUGACUCGAUCCCCAUACUUCUCGUAGCUCUCGCCGCUCACUGCGUAUGUUAUCUCAAAUCCCUCAUCUUUUGCCUCUUCCAAUCGAUUGGCUUUUCCAGACUCCGCGGCUCGAGAGGGGAUGUGAUCGUUGGCGGGGACCGGCUAUUUGGCGCCGUGGGCUCAGGAUUAGCUGGUCUGAUCGUGCUGACGGAGCAGCUUAAAGUCAGCCGCGUGUACACGUUUAGGAAAGGGGGAAGUGAUGAUGGGGAUGGUGAUGCUGGGCCGUCUGAUUGUGUGGUGUGCUUGUGUGGGUUGAGGGAUGGGGACCAGGUGCGCAGGUUAGCAUGCUGCCAUGUUUUUCACAAGGUUUGCUUGGAAGGGUGGUUCGAUCACCAGAACUUAAACUGCCCGCUCUGUCGUGCGCCGCUGGUGUCAGAAGAAGAGAGAGUGGUGGAGACGGAGCAGCGCGUGGGAGCGUAGCCUGUCACGUGGUUCUCACCGACUUGAUGAUGUCCAUGCAUGAUGCAUGCUGAUGAUGAGAUGGCAUGUGAUGUGGUUUUAGCUGUAACUUUGAAGCCAUUAUCUAAGCUCACUCUUUUUUUUUCUUGAUCGAUACGUCCUUUCCUUUUGCUUUCUGUAAAUCAAAAGGUACAGAAUGGGUGUAUCUAUCAAAAAAAUGUGGGAGUGAAAUGUCGAUAUCCUGGUGCUUUUUUUUUUAAGGGUCUUUUUUGUUUCUACUGUUGUAAAUCUCAGCUUUCUUUUGUGCAGAGAGAGAGAGAGAGUGAGAGAGAUUUCACAUGCAACGUUUCGAUGGGCAUGAAUGCAUGCAUGAUGGUGAUGGUGGCGUAUGAUCUUUGGUUUUUACGACGUGUCGUUGUCGGCUUUUUCGCUUUUAUUUCUUUUUUCUCAAUUUCGUGUGGGUUGGAAGAACUUGGUCCACACGUAUACGAUUCUGUGAGCAGAUGGUGGUGUGAAAUGUGA